AUGACUUCUUUAUCCCUCCUCUUCCUCCUCCUCCUCCUCCUCGCCUUGGGAGCCUGUGACGAUGUCAAGUACAUCUCCAAGAGGAACUCAGUGGAUGGAUGCAUAGACUGGUCGGUGGAUCUGAAGCAGUACCAUGUUCUGGCCGGGGAACCUCUUCGGUUGAAAUGUGCCUUGUUCUACAGCUACAUCCGAACCAACUACACCAUGGCCACCAACGCCAAACUGCGCCUCAUCUGGUACAAGAACAAAGGAGAUGCAGAGGAGCCUAUCAUCUUCUCUGGUCAUAGACUGAGUAAAGAAGACGACUCGAUCUGGUUCAGAUCUGCUGAAAUGGAAGACAAUGGAUUCUACACCUGUGUACUAAGGAACUCAACAUACUGCAUGAAAGUGUCCAUGUCGAUGACUGUGGACGAGAGCGACGAGGGGAAAUGCUUCAGCAGCAAAAUCCGACACGUGGAGAAAGCCGAAAUAACCCACAACAAAAUGAUCAUCUGUCCUGAUAUAGGGGACUAUUUGGCUCCAUACAAGCAGCCACAGAUGACCUGGUAUAAGGAGUGUGAACGGGUUGAAUGGAGAAGCUCCAUCAUUGUUAACACUACACACGUCUGGAUUCCUGAGGUGGAGGAGAGUGACGGGGGAAAUUACACCUGUGAGUUACAGUAUGGCUCCAGACAUGUGCGACGAACGACUCAACUCAAAGUCACAGCUCUUCAGACCACUCAUCCUCCCAAGGUCCUUUUUCCCCCGGAGAGACAAGACACAUCGAUAGAAAUCACACCUGGUAUGCCUCUCAGGCUGGACUGCAAGGCUUUUUUUGGCUACAGCGGAGAAAACAGAAGGCCCAUUAUCUACUGGAUGCAAGGAGAAAAGUUUGUUGAAGAACUAGCGGGACACAUUAAAGAGAGUGAAGUCAUAGUUUUGAGGGAGCACUUAGGAGAGAAGGAGGUGCAGCUCUCCUUAACCUUUGAUGCUGUGGAUGAGGCAGACCUGGCCAACUACACCUGUUAUGUGGAGAACCACAUAGGGAGGCGCAGCGGGAGUGCUAUACUGCAGAAGAAAGACAUGUAUCGUCUGGAGUUGGCUGGUGGUCUGGGGGUCAUACUGUUGCUGCUGGGAGUCCUCACUGCAAUUUAUAAGUGUUACAACCUGGAGAUCAUGCUCUGCUACAGGAGGCACUUUGGAAGCGAUGAAACUGAAGAUGAUAAUAAGGAGUAUGAUGCCUAUCUGUCCUACACUAAAGUGGACCUGGACUGUUUGGGCAGAGGAAGCAGCGAUGAAGAAACAUUUGCUUUGGAGAUCUUGCCGGACGUUUUAGAGAAACAUUAUGGAUACAAGCUGUUUUUACCAGACAGAGAUCUCAUACCCAGCAGCACCUACAUCGAGGACUUGGCUCGCAGCGUGGAGCAGAGCAGACGUCUGAUCAUCGUUUUGACUCCAGAGUUUGUGGCCAAAAGAGGGUGGAGCAUCUUUCAGAUAGAGACACGCCUCCACUCCAUGCUGGUUACCGGGGAGAUCAAGGUGAUCAUGAUUGAGUGUGCAGACCUGAAGAAUGUCAUCAACUACCAAGAGGUGGAAGCACUUAAACACACAAUCAAGGUUUUAUCCAUCAUCAAGUGGAGGGGUCCUAAGAGCAAUGAGCUGUCAUCUAAAUUUUGGAAACAGGUGGUCUACGAUAUGCCUGCUAAACGCAGAGAGACGUUGUCCAGACGCCAGGUGAUGGACUCCGGCGAACAGGGUCUCUUUGGUGACCUACAGACCACUGUGUCCACCAUUGCCAUGACAACCACCUCCGCCUCCUUGGCGCCCCAAAAUGACAGUCGCCAUGGACAUCAUCAGGUUGCCUUGGGGACGGACAUCCCGGACUAUAACCACAUGACGUUGCCGCUGGGAGGCGGUCACACUGCCACAGCAGCCCAAAUGAGGCACUUCUGCCGCAGCUAUGAGUUCCAGCUUCCCCCACAGCCGCCCUCCAUGUCGCCUCCCCUCCCACCUCCCUCCACCGUGCAGUUCUCCACCCUGGGCCCCGGGGGGCGCCACGUCUAUUGCAACAUCCCUAUGACACUGCUGAAUGGACAGGGGCAUCAGAGCAGUACGCUUGGGAAGAAACCAGAACUCCACAUGAACAGCACCUUUGUACCUCUCACCAGCAGAGAACUAAGCUCUGACAUUUGGUAG